AUGUCGUCUUCCCGCUGGAUUAAGCCAGAGGUGUACCCGCUGUUCGCGACGACGGGCGUCGCGGUGGGGAUCUGCGUGAUGCAGCUGGUGCGCAACAUCACGACCAACCCGGAGGUGCGGGUGACCAAGCAGAACCGGGCGGCGGGGGUGCUGGACAACCACGACGAAGGCCGCCGCUACUCCCAGCACUUGGUCCGCAGGUUCUGGCUCUCCCAGCGCCGCGACUACAUGCUCGCCCUCGACAACAACAACCACAAAGAAUCCACCAACAAGUAGACCCAUCCAUCCAUGCUGCUAGCUGCUGUGUCGAUAACGCAACACGCCGGUGCAUGCGAUAAUGAUCGAUCACCCAGAUAAGUAGUAGCAUUAGGCCGGUCCAUUAAUUAUAUUCGUACGUGUUUAUAUUAUUUGCACGCAUUUAAUUUGGGCUAGCUGUCUUGUGAGGACGACGGUCUCUGUUAUUAUAUAUGCAUGCCCCAUGGGUGACCACCAGUUUCAUACAGCCUACUGGGAUUAUUAUUUCUUCGAUUAUGUGG